AUGGCUUCUCAGACACAGUACCUCCUAGUGUCCUUGCCACAGUCUGUCAAUGCGUUCCCAUACUUGGAGCGUCAAUUGAACCAGGGCAAACAACAGCUCACAUCGUUUAAUUUGCCCGAAUUCCAGAUCAAGACGUUGGACUCCCUCGUGCAACUUUCCGAGGAAUUGAGCAAGUUGGAUACUACCUUGGCUUCAUCUGUUGCUAAGGUUGUGGAUAUUUUGGACAACUUGGAACCAAACAAGCUGUUCAACGAAACCAGAGUGGUCAACUCUCGCCCUGCAGUGUACACCGUCGAGAACUUCUCCUGGAACACUUCCAAGUACAGAGUCGACAAGCCAAUUAAAACGCUUGUUGAUCUCAUUAGUAACGAUGCAUUGUCCUUGGACAAUGAUGUCAGACUGAUGUUUCAGCUGUACCAGACAGCCAAGUCCAACUUCUUGGCUGCCGACAGAAAGAAGAACGGUGACUUGUCCAUCAAGAGCUUGCACGAGAUUGUGCGCCCAGAGCAUUUUGUAUUGGACUCUGACCACUUGACCACAGUGUUGAUUGCUGUGCCCAAGAAUCUUGUUAGUGACUUCCACAAGUCCUACGAGACAGUUACCCAGUUCGUGGUUCCAAGAAGUGCACAGGAGCUUGCUACAGACUCUGAGUAUCUGUUGUUUGCUGUUUCUUUGUUCAAGAAAUACCAGCAAGAAUUUGUAACUGCUUGCAGAGAGCACAAAUGGCACCCAAGAACCGACUUUGUUUACUCUGAGGAGAACCUCAAUGAAUUGCGCAGAGAGUUUGACACCACUCGUGCUACUGAGUCCAAGUCUAAAAUUGACUUGUUGCGCUUGGCUAAGACUGCCUACUCUGAAAUUUUCUCAGCAUGGUUCCAUAUCAAGGCCAUUCGUAUAUACGUUGAGUCGGUCUUGAGAUACGGCUUACCACCCCAAUUUGACUGCUACGCUAUUAAAUUUGAGGGCUCUAAUGUUGGCAAUGUUGACAAGGCCAAGAAGGAAUUGAUUGCCAAGUUUGGCUAUCUUGGUGGUGAUGGCUUUUCGGACAAGAACAACUUGCAUGAGUAUGCUUCCUUGGUUGACUCUGAUUUUGAGCCUUUUGUCUUGUAUCACGUAGACAUUGUUUAG